AUGACGGAACACUCAAUCGAAGAAAAUGAAGUUUAUCUGCCUAAUGAUGAGCUCUGGAUCUAUGAAAUGGAUAGUGGAUUAUGGACAAUGCACCUAAUGGAAGGAGAGUUACCUACCUCCAUGUCAGGAAGCUGUGGGGCAAGCAUUAAUGGGAAGCUGUACAUUUUUGGUGGAUUUGAUGAUAAAGGAUACAGUAAUCGGCUGUAUUAUGUUAAUUUGCGAACAAAAAAUGGAACCUAUAGGUGGAAAAAAAUUACAAAUUUUAAAGGUCAACCUCCUACACCACGUGACAAGCUUUCCUGCUGGGUGUAUAAGGACAGGCUAAUAUAUUUUGGUGGCUAUGGUUGUAGGAAGCAUAAUGAACUUAGUGAUUGUUUUGAUGUCCAUGAUGCAUUUUGGGAAGGACAGAUAUUCUGGGGAUGGCAUAAUGACGUUCAUGUAUUUGAUACAACCACACAAACUUGGUCUCAACCAGCAAUUCGAGGUGGAGAUCCGCCUCAGCCUCGAGCAGCUCAUACCUGCGCUGUGCUGGGAAAUAAAGGUUACAUCUUUGGAGGACGAGUGCUGCAAACUAGAAUGAAUGAUUUGCACUGCCUGAAUUUAGACACUUGGACUUGGUCUGGAAGAAUUAAUAUCAGUGGAGAGAAACCAAAAGAUCGAUCCUGGCACACGUUGACUCCGAUAGGAGAUGACAGACUUUUUCUUUUUGGUGGACUAAGUUCCGAUAAUGUUCCUCUAAGUGAUGGCUGGAUUCACAGCAUUACAACAAAUGGAUGGAAACAACUUACCCAUUUGCCUAAGAGUAGGCCUAGAUUGUGGCAUACAGCCUGCCUUGGAAAAGAAGGAGAAGUGAUGGUGUUUGGUGGAAGCAAAGAUGACUUGCAUUUCAUGGACACAGGUCACUGCAGUGACUUGUUGAUAUUUCAGACUCAACCUUAUUCACUCCUCAGGUUGUGUCUUGACUGCAUUGGUAAAAACGCGGCUCUCUUGAAGAACCAGAUCCCGUGUCUGCCAUCCAAACUUUUGCAGCAGGUGCUGAAGAAAAUAACCUUCUGGGCUGCAGUUAACCACCGGCAAGAGAGAAAAGCUGAAACGGAAAGACAAAGCCAACUAAAUACCACAUGAACAAUGGCAACAAAACCGUGGAACACUGGUUUAUUUACAGUGUCCAAGCAAAGUCUUUUGUUAGUGGACUUUACUAAUGCUACAGAACACCUGUAUGUUAAGCUGAGUUUCUAAGUGAAGUUUGAGAACAAAGAAAUCCUUUUUAUGGAAGUCUCUCUUGUUUUCUGCGUUAUAGAAAAACAGUAAAAGUUCAUUUGUAUAUAUUGUUAACUUCUGCUGUUGUGGUCUUAAUGAGACAGUCCAUACAACUUGUUCUUUUUGGAGGUGACAGGCGAUACAAAAUAUUUUCAGU